AUGUACGCAAUCGGAUUAUUGGCUAUUUUGGCAUCUAACUGUCGUCUUGGCGGUCUGUCAUCGCACGAUCUGGAUGUCAUGAUUUCGGUUGUUUUUCGUAUUCGGUACAAAUUGCUGAAACCGAAUAUUCAGGCGGCAUUUUUGGAAUGCCUGGCUCAUAUGGUAAAGGCAAAUCCAUUGAACUUGUACUGUCUAGUUCACCUUUGCGCCAUGCCUGAGUCCAAGCCACCUCUCACUGGCGAUUCUUCCGAAACAAAGAUGGCACCCGGUCAGUUUCUGAGUCAAACUGUAAUGAAAAUAGCUGAAACUGUGCGGUCUACGUCCGGCGAUGUGUCCGAGGAACGUACGGGGAAAACAAUCCAGCAACAAUUGCAACUGAAUAUGGCAACCAUGACAGCUGUUGCGACAUCCGCGUCAAAUGCCGUCGCCACGCGGGGUUCUGCAUCAGUCUAUACGAUUCUCCCGUUCUUAUUCCAACGCUUUAGUGCUCAAUGGAUCCGUAUUAUGGGCAAUUUGCUUCAUGAGCGUCUAUUGCUUGCUGUGACCGCGACCAAAUUUGGUGCUCUAUCGAAUGCACUCACCUCCACACAAGUCGUGGAUGAGUUGUUUGGAGCUAUGAGUCCAGUGUAUACGUUCCUGCGUGAAUUGUCCCGUAACUGUCGUCCGAAUUUGACCGACAGUGGCCCGUUAGGUGUCAAUCAGACCGCAAGCCUAUUUACCGUGUGCCGAACUGGCGGGNUUCAGGACAGAAAUUACCGAGUCAACACGACAGCUAUUGCGGCAGCUAACGCGAUUAUCCGCGCCCUGUCUUCCGACGUGGAGCACACGUCCACAGAACAGGCUCCUGCUGUGGGAGUGGGACGAAUUCAGUUCUAUUUGAACGGAUUGAUUGGUUUGGUAUGUGCUCUGCAAAUGCUAUCUGCUAGUCGACCGCACUUGGUGGGCGCAUCCGCUUCUCGCCGCACCGCCGCUCAUCUGGACGCUUUGAAAGCACACCAAACAGCUCUUCGUCAAAUUCGCCUGGCUGUGAUUCGCUGGGCGAAGACAAUCCUACCUUCGUUAGUCAAUGCUUCUAUGCAGGCGACCGGCAGCUCGGGAGCGACACAGACCAAUCAACUGCUCUCAUGUUUGGAUGCCGUGAAACCGAGUUUAUUGAUUCGGCGGGCUUUCAUGUUGGAUUCGAAUGUGCCGUUAAAGCGGCCGAACGCUGUGGUCUACGAGCUACCGCCGUUCUAUCCAGUGAAAGAAAUCUGGGCCAAUGACCAAGAACACAGCCUCUUUGUUCGUCUUGUCGCUGACACGGUUCUGCCGGAGAAAUUGGCUCACCAGAUUCUCAUCAUGGGAUUGGAACCGAAUCGUCAAUUAUUCAAUCCGCUAGACUCGUUGGAUAUGGUGUGCGAACUAGUUCGACGAGCUGCACUUCUGGCUCGUGAUUCCGGUUUGGAACCGUUAAACGUUGCUAAACCGCAACAGUUAAUUGAUUUGCUAUAUGCCAGCUGUACAUAUGUCGGCGAACAACAAAAUCAACAACUCCCCUCGGAUGUCACGGAACUUGCCUAUGCAUCAGCCUAUUGGCGUGUUUCUACAACCGCGGUCAUAUUGGCUUCACACUGCCUUCAGACAUGUGGUUCACAUUUGUGGACGCAUUAUCCAACUAUUCGACGUCUCAUGGAAAUGGUGAUGACAGACGAUUUUACUGUUUCAAAAGAUUCCGCUUCUACUGUGGAAACCGAUAUGGAAGAGGCUGAGCGGCUGAAUAGCCAGCUCGAGGUCCAGCUUAUUCUUCGAUUGGAAUCAUUUUUNACUCCGAAUCCAGAAUCCACGGAAACCCCACCGGUUGUGGUCACUCCGGAAACAUCCAAGCUAUUGGGACGUUUGGUGCGUAAUAAUCCCCGUGGCCCUUGUCGUCUCCCCCCAGCUGAGCAUCUGACCAAUUUGCGAACGCUAGCGCAAGACCUCGGACUCGGGCGCAGACUGUGGCGUAGUCGAGAUCCGGAUUUCCUCCUCGAAUUGCUGCGCAGUCAGACUGGUCACGCUUCCGUUCAACCUUGGCUUGUACGUUUGGUUGAAUCCAGUGGUACAGAGUUUGAACUGCUUCCGAUUCAAUGUCUCUGUGAAUACUUGCUGCGAGACACGCUAGCCAAAAUGCAUCAAUCUCGAGUGCACAUUUUGCCACUAUCAGCCAUGAAAUCAACUAUGAAUUCGUUCGCUGCGGGUCGAGUACAUCACGCCAGUACCAGUUCCACGGACUCUUUCGUUUCCAUAAGCACAACGAACAGGGAAUCGAAAUCGGAGUCCAACACAAACAAAUCACAUUUACGCGCGCAUCUCAUUGCCAAACUACGCGAAUCGUUGCGUGUGUUCGACAGUAGUACAACUGCCGAUGCCUUGGCUCACUCAUUCUUUGCACGUUUGAACAAUCGGCAUAACUGGAUUCGUAAGGCUGUUCGUCAGUGCCUCUACCUGCUGACUGAAUCGGACGUAAACACUACGGUCAGGAAUCAGGAUUCAGUUUUUGAUUGGCUAAAUGUGUUGCACACGCUUCAACAAUUACCUGUUCUACGCGCCCAGCCUGCAACUGGUGCCCAUGGUGAUAUGGUCACCGAGUCUGCACAGCAUUUAUUAUCAGCUUUACUGGAUUCGCUCCUGGUCGAAACAGAUUUGGAUAUUCUGGCCGGAAGUUUGUUGUUUCUCAGUCACGUCACACGGUCGUCUUCGUUUGUGUCUUGGCGUCCAGUUAUCACCAGUUUGACGCGCUUUAUCCAGUCUCGACCGAAUAUUUUGUCUUCAUUGCUUCAUCGUUCCCCGGAGCAUGUGGCGGAGUCAUUGCAAGUGAACUCAGCUGUAGACAUAUCUUAUUUGUCAUUGGAAGCUUUAGCAGAGAUGCACGUACGCUAUGUGGAAUAUAACUGUACAGUGGCUGGCGCGAUUCCAGUGGAUGAACGUAAAAGUGUGUUUGUUACGUGGUCGGCUGAACGGGAAUGCCCUUUGGAAUUAGAUCUAAUUCAAGCUCAGCUAAUAUUGCUUUCUCAUACUCACAAUGAUUUGCCGCAUCAAACACCACCGGAAGUGGUGGAGCUACUCGACUCUAUGCAAUACACCAAUUCUACUCAGCCAAAUGAACGCAGCUGGUGGCUGCGUUUGCGUGAUACAUGGUUUGUUCGCCGGGAUACGAACACAGACCCCGAGGAAUUUCGUCUACCCAACCUCACUCCAUUUAUUACACAACUAACCGAUUUUCAAGGACCCGGAACACUUCGUCAAAUGAAGCUCAGUUUUGAUGCAUCCGAAAGAGAGAAUCAACCACCACGACCGUGUCUUUCACCGGCGCUGCGUUGCGGUCUGAUUCGUUCAAACCACGCACCGCUUGUUUCUGGAGCACUGUGGCGUGUCACCCCCGGAGAGUUGAUCGACGUGAUAAAAAGGUCUCCAAUUUACCUGCUAAACGGUGAUACGGCCGGUCGGCUUUUACACGCCUGGGAUGCUCUGAAACACGAGAUUUCCUCGGAUGAACGACAGUGCUUAGACACGCAUUUAUCACGUCUUCAUGCCAGGGUUCGAACGACCACCCCGAAAGACGAACCAAUGGAACAACAGUUCACGGAGGAGCGCAGUUCAACUACAGAAACUCCCCAACCAGUAUCAAUGGACGCAACCAUAGAGGAAAUUAGUUCCGAUGAUAAUGACGAGGUGAAACUUGAAGGUAUGGAUUGGGUCGAUUCGAUGAGCACGUUAGAACCGCUGACCGAUUGCAAGAGAGCUGGAAUCAUCUGCCGACUUGUCCAACAGCUUACCACGGAUGAGAAAAAAUGCCUAACUUGGCUGGAGAAUUUAACAACAGAACUUUCUACUAUCUCACGUGAUGCUUUGGGCUCACCGAGAACUGGUCGUUCACGGUCCCGAACGUCACGUAGUAUAUCUCAGUCGGCUUUCGUUCGCAUCGCUGGUUCCAGUCCUCCGUUAUGUCGUGCUCUGCGACCCCUUGUGUCUAUCUGUCUUCAACGAUCUCCGGAAGCUUUGCAAAAGCUUUACUGCACACUGCGGGAUAUUUCCGCCCAUUCUCCAGAGGCCAAAUGUAUCAUGGAGAAUCUGUUACCUGUUUCACCCUCUUCUGACACAGAACUGGCAAAAACGAACACACCGAACUCUACUGUGAUGGAACAAUCCAACCGUGUGUCGGUCGAUAAUAUUGGUCAAUUCGGUCUGGUUGAGUUGUUGCGUCUUAAUAAUUUAUCUCAGCUGGUCAGUAGUGCAUCAUCUACCGUCUCAGAUCUGGACCCGGAUACGAAUCACUUGCUCCUUACGAUUGAGCGUAUUGUGUUCCAUCGAGCAGGGAAUACGUUUCCCGCUGUCCAGUUGUCUCCCACGUACUUGGAACCUGAUGGUGCUUAUCUGCUGCGAUGUCUUUUGCAGCAAGCCAAUCCGAACAUCUUGUGGCAUCUUCUCCGCUCAAUGUUGAACAAUAAGAAUUUGGAGUGUAUCGAGUCGACGCAGCUUUUGGAUUUCUUUAUUGCAGUGCUCACCUUACCACGUUUUGCCUAUCCAGUACCCCGCUCCGAGCCUCGGGAUCGUCCAGAUCCGACUGUAGCUCUCACGGAAUUACAUCAGCUUACUUUGUACGAGGCGAUCAGUUUGAUUCUGCACAUUCUGCACGAAGCCUACCAGAUCGCAUCCGAAUCGCAUGGACGAGUGGUNUGGUUCAGGUACGUGCCUUCCGUAUUAGGACUCUUGUCUAAUGAAGUUCGUCAGCUACGAAAAUGGGUCAUCGAUUCAACCACAUCGCGACGUGCUAUAUGCCUAAACGUGUCCGUCACGCAGCAUCCCGCCCAGUGUGUUCUUUGCUUGGAAUUACUUUCCGGUUGUCUCUCCGCAGACGAGGCCAAGCACGUCGACCCGGAUUUGACCUCCAUUCUGUCCGAACAGAUCUCUGUUGAGCCGCGAUCUACCGCUCUGUGGAACUUGACUGCACUGCGUCUGUUCAUACUGCUUUAUCAGCGAUGGCCUGGCACAAUCGGGUUGAUUCGAUCGCCGCUCACUCGUGCUUGGAUUACUCAGCCCUGGCGACUUCGAAAGCUGGUCCACUGUCACCCGUGGCUGAAGACGAUCACUGAGCAAUGUGAAUACCCCUUCGAGGAUGUGGACCUUAUACGGCAGCCUGAGAUUGAUCGUCUAGGACCCUUAUUAUUGGUCAGUUUAAUUUCGAGUGACCCUAGACUGAGUGAAUCGGCACAAUUAGCCUGCAAAUCCCUGUUCGUGCAUCAUCCUCGUGCUGUGAUACGCCUUCUCCCGGUUUUGGCUGCUCUAAGUGACGGUCGUCUUGAUCUCAGCUGGAUACAAUUCUCCAAUCGUCGUUAUCACCUGUUGUUCGCUGAUUUGCUUCAUCUACUUGAGCUUUUGGCCCCGUUCGGAACAAACGGGGAAGGAAUAGAGAAUGAUCGGCUGAAUGAUCCCGAUGUGGAUGGAAUUACCCUGUCGGGAUCGGCGUUGUUCAGCGAACAGGCUGCUUCGCAUCGAGCGGCUGUCGAGCGUCUGCUGGUCAACAUGAUUCGUAUGCUUGUUCGGUUCCGCCAGCAAUCGAGGAAACUAGGUGGAUUCUCAACUCGGAUUGGUCGUUUGUUGGAGUCCUGUGCUAAUCAUGUAUUGGGUCGUCAAAUCUUGAGCAACAUCUUGAAAAGUCUGCCCAAAGAAUUAGAAAUUCUGAUGGCUGAAUUUGAUGAGUUCUCUUCCCUUCUGACACUCAUCAACUCUUCAAGAGAGGAAAACGAAAGAACGAUUGUGAGUGAUACGUGUCCAGCGUUCUUGUUCCCGAGCUCUGCCUUCCAUGCGAGUCGUACAACACGACGUUGGAAUGUGGCUGUGCAGCCAUUCCGACAAAGACUCCAUUCUGCCAGUAGUGUCCAGGCGACCACGGAAUUGCUGGAAGAUCUGGAUGAAACCUCAAAACGUAGAGUGGAAGUACUCCUACAUUUCAAGGUAAUGUCGCCGGGUUUACUAAGCUCUGUUGCACCGCUCUUGAGUUCUGUCUAUCGUAAACGUUUUUCGAUCCCGAUUGCAUAUUUCUCCUGCCAUGCAUGCUUUUAUAGUAAUAUCGUCGAUGUAUUUUCUGUAGAGGUGUGUUUUGCAAAUGUCAUCUCUUGGUUUAUUCUAAAUGCUCGGCAUAGUGCUAGGUCCGUGUCAGGUUGCUCCGGCCACACCUUCAGUCUGACGAAAAUGAAUGCCCGGUGGUAA